AACGUAGACAGCAGUAGACAGUGACAAGUGAUAUUGCUUUCAACCGCAACGACCAUCGUUUUGUUUAUACUAUAUAUACCUACCAGAUACCUACGUACCUACCUAGUGACUACUCUUUGCCCCCUCAUUGGGAUUUAGAAUUAAAUGUGAACUUUUUGACUUUGUGAAUUAUUUAUUAUUGAAAGCAUCGCAUUCGCUAUAGUAGAAUUGAUUUGAGGUGCGUUCUACGUACAGAAAUAAUUGUCUUAAUUUCAACUAAAGUCUGUAGAAAUCUCUGUAAUGGGCUUAAUUAUUGGAUUAAUUAAGCGACUUAUAAGACUGCUAAUAUACUUUACUACAUUUGCUGCCAUUAUUGUUUUAAUCCCAAAUUUACCACCAUACACACGGUUUACUGCAAUCAAAUUGGCACCCACACUACCAAGCACAGGAAGUUUGACACCAAACAAUGCCCUUAAUAAUGCCGAAAGACUUUACAUAGACAAGUUGUUAGGGCCAGAAGCAUUCCAAGUGUACAAAGGUGAAUUGUAUACAAGUUUAGCCACAGGUGAAAUAGUUAAAGUGUCACCUGGUGGCCAUGUCACUUUUGUAACCAAGAUUGGACGACCAUGUGUUGGACUAGUACAAGAGCAUAUUUGUGGUAGGCCUCUUGGUUUUGAAAUUGAUGAAAAAUCAAACACGUUGUAUGUGGCCGACGCCUACCACGGUAUAUGGAAAGUAGAUUUGAAAACUGAUAAAAAACAACUGUUAGUGUCUCCUCAAGUCGCUAUCGGCGGUCGUAAACCGAAGUUGUUCAAUUCGCUUGCGUUAGCUAAGAAUGGAGACUUCUAUUGGACAGACUCUACAAGUGAUUUUCAACUUAAAGAUGGCGUUAUGAGUUUAUUUGCAGAUCCAUCUGGCAGGCUAUUUUACUACAAUGCUGGUAAGAACCAAAGCGAAGUCCUCCUGGAUGACCUGUGGUUCGCGAAUGGUGUAGUUAUUUCGGCAGACCAGCAGUUUGUAGUGGUGUCCGAAACCAGUCGCCAUAGACUUGUGAAAUACUACAUCGCAGGACCAAAGAAAGGCACUUCUGAAGUUUUCAUUGAUGGGUUACCGGGAAGUCCAGACAACUUACGCGUCCUCCCCGAUGGGUCUGGUGUGCAGGUGGCGCUUUAUAUUGUUUUUGAUGACGAACAUCCGCUUCUUAUAAAAUCAAUGUCUGAAACACCAUUAGUGAGAAAAUUCCUUGCGCGCAUUCAACGCUUAAUCGAAAUACCCUUUGAAUAUUUAAACAGUUUGUACCCUCAUAUAAUAUUGGAAGAAAUAGUAUACUUUAUUGGUCACUUUAAAAGUAUUUCAGGUUUGGCACCAGGAAAAUCAGGUUUGCUGCAAUUAGAUUGGGAUGGUAAAAUUGUUGCUUCAUAUUUCAACAAUGAUGGGACUUUGGGACACAUCAGUGAUGCCAUUGUUUACAACGGGAAUUUAUACACUGGUAAUCCACAUCUCCAAAACUUUAUAGGAUCCGUGGGAGCGCCUCCGCUAUUACUAAACGCUUUUAGCGGAGCCAAAAAAUUGGAAAAAAAAGAAAUCCCUAAUGAUUCCAAACCUCAACAAGUGAAGGAAGCACCUAAGACUCCUGAAAAAGUAAUUGUUCAGGAUAUAAAGGUUCCAAAACCUGUUGAAUCUGUGAAACCGAAGCCUGUCGAGACACCGAAACCUGAGCAAAAGAGACCAGUAGUCGACACAAAACCACAAGCUAAAGAACCUAGCCCAUCAACAGGCAAACAACCUGAUCAGAAGCCAAGUGUCGAAGUAAAACAAACACAACAAGCGCAGGCCAAGCCUACGAUUAAAACAGAAACGAAACCGACUCCUACACCACAACCUGAAGCUAAACCUACUCCAAAACCUGAAGCUAAACCUACUCCAAAACCUGAAGUUAAACCUACUCCAAAACCUGAAGCUAAACCUACUCCAAAACCUGAAGUUAAACCUACCCCGAAACCUGAAGCUAAACCUACUCCAAAACCUGAAGUUAAAUCUACUCCAAAACCUGAAGUUAAACCUACCCCGAAACCUGAAGCUAAACCUACCCCGAAACCUGAAGCUAAACCUACCCCGAAACCUGAAGCUAAACCUAUACCUAAGUCUGAAACCAAGCCACAAUCUAAACCUGCAGUCCAAACUACGCCUAUGCCUAAAGCUGCUGAUACAAAGCACACUACAGAAAAACCCAUCGCUGCUAAAACAUCUGCAUCACGGGACUCCGAGAAAAAGGAAUCGGACCCCCAAAAACCCGCAAAGCCUGUUAAGCAAAGUGCAAAACAAGAAAUUCCAAUUAAAGAAGAAAUAUCAUCGGAUACUGCAAAACCAAACAAGGACACAUUAAAAGUAAUCAAAAAAGGUGGUCCAGCAGAGAUACCUAACCCUAAUUUGGUGUAGAUAUUCAAACGUCAGUAAACUUGUGUUCGUCCACUGGUUGAAUAUUGACCAUAAUCAUUAUUCAAAUUUUGAACAGAAAUUGAUAAUCGAAAUUGUUUUUUUUAUUGAUAACACUAAAGGUCAUGAAUGGGUACUGGGUAAUAAACAAACAUAAAAGAUAAUUGGUUAGAACAGAGUAGAAUAAGGCACAAAAUUAUCCUGUCUGUACCUACUUAUACAGAUAUUAGAUACAAAUCAUCUAUAUUCAUUUUAUAUUAAAUUAUUUUUAGAACAAGAUCUCUUUAUAAUGAGGAAAUAUCAGUUUUAUUUUAUAUUAAAUUAUUUUAUUUUAUAUUCCUAGAAGGUUAUGGCAAUAUAAUAGUGUAAUUUUAUUACCAUCAUUCCAAACUGUCAUUCCAAAUCAGUAAAAGGUAGCAAGGGUUCUGGUACAAGUAACAAAAAAAUUUUUAUUCUGUGUAAGUUAAAAAUCUUUAAAGUGGUCAUAACGAGGAUGGUUGUAUAAAUCGUUUUAGUGUAAUCUAUAGAUUAGUUAAUAGUUUUUGCACAAAUAGAAAAAAUUACAACUAUUUUGCCUGAUGUCUCAUAAAUAUUAAGAUGUUUCUGUUUAUUUUUAUUUGGACUUUUGGUUUAUAUAAUUUUUUGCUUAAAGUAUAUUUGAAAUUGUGUUAUUACGUUUUCAUAUGUUUAUUACAUUCACUGAUUUCUCAUAAUGUUUUGUUAUUGAGGGUGAAGUAGAAAAAGCGAUAGAAAAAUAUUAUUCUCAAUUCAGGACCAAUAGAAUGAUUCAAUAAUAAAUUAUCAGAAAAACUUACAAAUAUCGCUAUAAAUCUGCACUAUGUUCAAACAAAUGAUGUUAUAUAUUUUUUUUUAUUUAUACCAAUAUUAGGAACAUAAGCCCGAGCUGAUUAUUGUUACCAUGAAAUCACUGUCACCAAUAGUGCAAUACAUAAUUAAGCAGUACAUAAUAAAAAUAAAUUUUAUCAAGUUUUCAAUUUAUAUUUUUAGUGGUGUUAACGAGUACAAUCAAAAUUUACGAAGAAAACUUGAUAUUUUCGUCGUACAUAUAGGAUAUUUUUAUAUAAUAAGUAUGAGAGGUCGUAUGUUUUGGUAAGUAUUACCACUAAGUAUUACUGACCGAUAGUUCUGGAACCACUUUCCCUAUAUUGCAAUAAUUAUUGUAAUAAAUUAAGAUUUUGUAUGUAGAUCGAAAAGUAACAUAAAUCAAUUUCAUUUUUUCGGUGAUGAACACACAUUCCAUACUUUUCUUUAACAAUAAUUAUAUUUUGAAAUGUGAAUGAUAUUGAUUAAAAUUUAUUCGGCUCGCAAUUUUUACAUUUAUGUCCUUUUGGCAGUAUUGAUUCUGGGAUAGUGCGAAUGAAGCUCAAUAACUAGAUUCGGACGAAUAAAAAAAACAUGAUCUGUUACUACUACAUUGGUAUGGCUGCUUAUUAGAAUGAAAUUCACUCCAGAAAUGGCUAACCAGGUUAGUAUAACCGGCGCAUUUUGCGUAUUCACCUGUUUUUAUUUUUUACAUUAUUAUCAUUUGGGUACUGCAUAAUCAAUUAUACCAUAUAUAUAUAUAUAUAUAUAUCAAGUAGCUAUAUUGCAUUGCCCAUUACCUAGCUAAUAAAGAAUCUGAGUUUAACUAAACACUGAAUUGACACUUUCUUUCGAUGCUAAAAUAAUAUUUAGAUUGUCGACGACAAUCAUUAAUUAAAAUUAUUUUAAAAAAUCUUAUUGGUAAGACCAUUGAUGUUUUCAUUAUAAAUAUACGUAAGCAAUAAAUAUAUUUUUUGAUAUAUCUGUGCACAUAUUACUUUGUGUUAGUACGUCUGGAUGGCGGGUUUCCCACUGCGACAUUUUUUCCUAAAUGAAUGUACUUGUGUACCAUUCAUAAUAAUAUUUACUGUGCCUCGUCUUAAACAAAAUAAGUUACACCCGCCAUCCUCACACGACGAAUGGUUUGUGUAACAAUCGACUAGUUUUUAUUAAAAUAAACUGUUUGGUAAUA